AUGGCAGACUUUGAGGCAGAUCCCAAUGUGCCGCUUCGGGGCUCAGCCUCUCACGUCAAUGCCCUUGGGUUGACAGCUAUAGUCUGGAUCGGCUUCAUCGUGGCGACGUUGUUCGUCAUCCUCCGAAUCUCUGUUCGAUGGCGUGGCAACGGGAAGCUUGGCACCGAUGACUACUGGAUUCUGCUGGCAUGGUCGAAUCUGUUGACCAUGGCCAUUAUACAAACACAGCAGAUGGAGUCGCUUUGGUACACUGCGUAUCUCAUCGCCGAAAGGAUCGCGCCCGACGAAGGUAACGUGUACCAGGCCGAGCAACUUGCCCGGUGGGAGUUCCCAAUCAUCCAACUCUUCUGGACAACACUUUGGUGCAUCAAGGGUAGCUUUCUGGCGCUAUUCUUUGGGCUUGUCAAACCAAUCACGCUGUACAGGCGCCUAUGGUACGGUGUCGUGGUCUUCACCGUGGGGGCCUAUAUUGGGUGCUGGUUGGGAAGUACCUUGACUUGCGAUCCGCCAUUGGAUUAUUUCAAACCUGGGAAGUGCAAUUCACCCAAAGAGCGAUGGCUCACCUUCUUUGGUGUAGUCUUUUCCACCGCAGUCGACAUUACAUCUGACCUCAUGAUCAUGUCUCUCCCCCUCGCGCUUCUCCCGAAACUACACCUCGAGAUACGGCAAAAGGUUGGCCUUGGCCUCACCUUCAGUAUAUCCUGCAUCAUAAUCGGCGUCUCCAUUGUACGGCUGAAACAGGCCAUCGUCGGUGAGAUCGUGGACAUAGUGGGGCUAGCCAUAUGGGGUGCAGUUGAAGCCUCGACAGCAGUCAUCGUGGGAUCACUUCCACCGCUGAAGGCAUUCCUCAGCAAGGGAAUCAAGGCGCACACUACGAAGAAGUCCUCCCAGAAUUACGGCAACAGCGCGCGGCAAAACGAGUACAAUAGAUACUGUAUUCUCCGGACAAUUAUGGCUCCCGCGUUGAUACCGUUGCAUGAUUUGAACAAGAACAGACACAGUCAGUCAAAAGGAAGGAUAUGUAUGCAGAAAACAUACGACUUGCAACACCAUAUGAGACCUGUUCACGAUUAUGCAUUUAUUUCAAGGGAUGAUGACGAAGAAGCCGCCAUCAUAAAACAUAUGUGGGGUGGUUAG